AUGUCAAGAAAUUCAGAAAAAUCACAGUCAAUGCUGUUUCGGUUUCGAGAGCAGCAGGCUGCCGAAAUGGGUGUCAUUAACACAGGACGAAUGCGUCGUCCAAGAAGUGUUCAGACAGUUCAGGACGUUCACAUUUGUGAGAAAUGGAGGGGGCAAAUAAAUAAGGAAAUUGGACAAAAAAUAGUAAAAAUUCAAGAUCCAGCUUUAUCAGAAUUUCAGAUUCGCGAUAUUAAUGAUGAAAUUAAUAAACUCAUGAGAGAAAAAACUGCGUGGGAAAUCCAGAUCAAAUCACUUGGAGGGCCCAACUAUCUGCGGUUUGGAAGCAAAAUAUUUGAUGAACAUGGAAACGAAAUACCUCAGAUUAUUACCGGCGGUGGUGCAAAAUCGGGAUAUAAAUAUUUUGGAAGAGCCAGAGACCUGCCAGAUGUUAAAGAAAUGAUUGAACAGGAAAUAAAACAACAAAAGUUAAAACGCGAACAAACAGCCCAAGAUAAAUUAGAUCAAGCAAAGUUCAGAGAUUUACCAGCAGAAUACUUUGGAUUCACAAAUGAAAAGGACAAAGAAUUAUACCAGAAUAUGCUAAUAAAUGAAAAAGAAUACUCAGCACAUCGAUUUACACAAAUUCUUAAUAGCAAAACUAAAGAGCAAAUAGUUGCAGAAGAAAAAUUUGUUCCUUUAGAUAAUGACAUAACAGAAAAUGUUCCGACACAAGAACAAGUCGAAAAAUAUUUAAUGGAGCGGUUACGUAAAAAGAUUGAAGAUCGAUAUGAUAUCUGA